UUCCUUCUCGGUUGCGGGCUUGCAGGUCUGCAUUCCUCCAUGUUUUUUUUUCUGAAUUUCCAUUCAGUAGGUGUGUAGCCGAGAGAGGGGAUUUUCUCAGGGUGGGCGGAGACGGCGGCGGAGGCUGCUGGAGGUCCAUGGCACGCGGUGAGGCGGCCGCAAGUAACGCAUCCACGCGGGAGAGGCACUUCCCUGCAAUGGGGAGGGGUACCAGAGAUGGUCCGGUGGGCUCGGCGGAGCUGUCCCGUCGGGCACUCCUUCAGCCAGCAGCCGUCGCAUGGGCGGGAGGUGAUAGCCGUCGUCGCCGCUCAAGUGGAAGGUGUGCAGAGUUUGCGGGUCACAUGUCAUCAUGUAGUAGGUUCGAACCCAACUACGACCCUGAUGGUGGUCUGUCGGACAGUGAUAGUCUUGAGGAUAGUAGCGCAUCGACUGAUGAUGAGAACGUGUCUAGGCAGAAAAGGUUGUUAGAGGAUGCUUUGUUUGGUUUUUUCAAGAAGGAGGCUAUUAAAUCACUCAAGAGAGAUUUCUCAAAGUUUUGCCACAAUGCCAGAAUAAAAGGCUAAAAGCACCAAGUGUGGGAAGGGAUGCAUUCAGUGUGUAUUCUGGCAAGUAUUUCUCUGAAAUUAUCAAACACAUGCCAAUAGGACGGAAGGAUGUUAUCUCAAAAUACGGAUAUGAGUGUCUUCUGAAGUAUGAGAGAACAGAAGUCCCUUCUCCUUUUGUCAGAUGGCUUGUUGGUUGUGUCGAUACGGUGUCCUCGCAAUUAAUCAUUGUCGAUGAGAAGAUUAUAGAGCUGUCCAAACAAUCUGUCCAUCUUGUUUUGGGUUUGCCUAAGAGCGGUGUUGUAGCAAUGCCUAACAAGGAGAGUGGGAAGAAUUUCAUUCUGUCUCGGUUCAAUUUAGCAGAGCUCCCCAACGUCACUUACUUUGGCAAUUUGCUCAUGUCGUCUUAAGAGCUCAACGAAGAAGAUACUUUCAUUUGCUUUAUGAUAGUAGCUAUGUCAUGUUUCUUGUUCCCUUCUUCAAGCGAUCAGAUACACACCGAUUUCUUGUCGAUUCUAGAAGAUCCUUCUGCUACAAGGGGUUUCGACAUGUGUUUUCUCGUCUACGAAUGGAUCCUAUCUAGCAUCAACAAGUAUGUGAUGUUCGGUAGGGAAACAGGUCGGUAACCGAAGGUUUUUGACUUCUGUGCCUACUGCCUCACGGUUGCUCUUUUACUUCUUUUCUCUUUUUAUUUCCCUGUGUUGUUUGUGCACCUCUUUAUUUUUUUGUUCUUCCUUUUCCAUGUUGAAUAUAUGUGUGAUUUUAUUUGUUGGGCGUAAUUUGUCAGGUCUUAUACCUUGACAAGCUUGACUUUGGUGUACGGGUGGUCGAUCAAGGCGUCCCUAGAACUACUGCUUGGAAGGGGAAUUUGAUAAAGCACUUUUCAGAACUUGAUCGGAAGAGGAGCAACUUGUUCGGAAGGAGACAAUUCAAGAAACAUGAUGGUUCCAAAGCACAUGUUGGGGCUCGUUAUAGCAACACAAGGUCAAUGGAUGCGUCAUUAGCCUUCAAGGACAAUUUGAUGUCUACUUUCGCUAAUGUGCUACCUGUUCA